AUGCUUGAAUCUUCGAUACCCGGGCACCUCCGGUGCACUCGCACACAAGCAGCACGAUUGCCAAAUCCCGACUUUCAGCCCCCUUAUCCCUCAUAUAGCGUGCGAUUUCCCAAAGACACUUCACAAUUGGUUGUGGCCAUUAUCGGUGCACAGUACAAGACAGUGGCAGACGCCGAUGGGGCAGCCACAUCAACACUGUCUUCAUUCUUAACAUCCUCAACCCACGCCCCAUCAUUCUUCGAAUGGGCCUCUGUGACCGACAACAGAGAUCACUACAACAUUUCAGCCCUUGCCUAUUGGCCAAGCAAAACCGCCUAUGAAACCUGGACCGAGAAGUCAGGAUUUCAAGCAUGGUGGCAGGCCCUCAAACCAGAAGAGUGUCAGCACGGCUGGUUCCUUGAGAUCUUCUUCCCAACAGUUCACCGUCUCGAGACGCUUUUUAAUACCAAAGAUACCCCCGAGGGCUACGCACACAUGAAAGUCGCCAUGAGUAAUGAGAUACAGGAGCACGCUUACUGGGGCAGCAUGCGUGACCGCCUUCCUGUCUCUCAGACCGACGCUCUUGUAGGCACGCCAGCCACAUCCCAGGACUUCAAUACCGUCCAACUGGCUGGAACGAGCCCUCGUCGAAUCAAAGUUGCGGGUAAGAAGAACCUCGCCGUCAUCCGCUCCGGACAGGACUGGCUUGACACGACCCCGGUAGAGCGAGAACUGUACCUCGAAACCAUGCAUCCAGUGCUCAUUGAAGGGAUGAACUUUCUUCGAGACCAUGGGGAUGAGGUUGGUUGCUAUAGUUGUCGUUUCAUGGAGGUCAUCAACCCUGAGACCAAAGCGGCUGACAGAGAUCGGACUUUUGGGCUGGCAUACUUUGACAACCUUGCCUCUCUGGAACAUUGGUGCAAAGAGCACCCAACCCACCUGGCGAUCUUUGGCGGUUUCCAUCAGUAUGCGAAGAAGUUGGGGCACAACGUAACCCUCCGCGUGUUUCAUGAAGUUCUGGUUCUCGAGCCUGAACAGCAGUUCUUUGAGUAUAUCGCCUGUCAUGACGGGACUGGAAUGUCGGGGACGGUGUCACGUUCUUGA